GGCAAUUCCACAUUACUAAUAAUCCAAUUUACAAUUUAGUCCACUUCGGGGAGUCAGUUUGGCACCAGUAUAUUUUUGCUCAUUAAAAACUUCAGUUUCAGCAACCUACUGAUACAUAUUUGGCUAAUAUAUAAGUAGAUUCCAGUAUGAUCCCAAUCAUUUCAAGUUUUCAUUAGUGACCGCACUGAAACCAAUAUGAAUUUGCUAGAUCUCAAAACACCGGUGGUGAUAGUGUUCCUUUUUCUCAUGGAUAUCAUGAUGGCAGACGAUUACCUGAAUGAAAGCUUCCAAGAAUGCGUGAAUACCAAGGACAAGUACUAUUGCAGCAAAUUCCAGUUCCUGAAGUUCAUCAAAGAAUUCGAUUACGUAUGGAACAAUAGCAGUGUGAACUUAGUCAACAUUCCCAGAAGCGGGAAUAAUACUAGUGCCUCAUCAACAGCAAGAUAUAAUCCGGGAGACAGUGAAAUCAACAAGUUUCUGAAAUUCCUGAUGAGGAAAUUCUUCGAAUUUAUGGAUACACAUGGGCUGGCUUUCAUAUUACCAUCCAGGUUUGGCAAAAGUCUAGGGACGAAUCCAAUAGCAGAUGAAGAGAGAGGUAAUCACACAGUACCAAGAGGACACAAGAAGAAACAUCAGAUGUACCUGAUUCCCAUUCUGAUCCUUGCAAAAAUCUUGAAAGUUAUGAUACUACUCGGCAUGGUCUUCUCAGCCUUGUUUGCCGUCAAGAAAGUGCUGAUACUGGGUGCUCUUAUACUUCCUGUCAUCGUCAGAAAUAUCAAAGGCGCCUGCCACAAGGAAGAACAUGUUUAUCACCCUGUAGAAACUCCUCCCGUACAUAGCUGGUGGAGAUAG